AUGGCGCCAGGCCCAUGCGGCUGGAGGUCACCGGCACGCGGAAGGGGCAGCCCUAACGCGCUGGGAUACGGGGGCAAAGGAGGGCGUGAGGACCCAGGUGGGAGCACGCAAGCGAUCUCCAGGACCUCAUUUCUGCCUAGCAACAUCACAACCAAUCAAGAUGCAAUUAGGCCUGGCAGUUCGGCUCAUCCUUCACUGGGAUUGGCUGCUGGCGGUGAGCGCAUCCUAAGUUUUCAUUGGCUGACGGCCACCUGUAUGGAAAUGAGAAUGACAGGGGACUCUCAGCGCCGUCUCUGCGACGUGGACCUGUGGCUUACAGCACUGAAACCUGCAAGCUCAGAGCCAGAACUCCGGGGCUUUUUUUCUGCCUCUCUCCCUGUUCUUCCCCCAAAACGAUAUCUCAAACUUUCCCCUCAGCGCCUCUGUCUGACACCCAGUCGGAAAGAAAUUCGCAAAAAAUAA